CCAUCUGACCCCUGCUGGCCUUCUACUGAAAAACGGUCUGCCCUCGACGAGACCGUCUCCGGUCGUCUAAUCCGCACUAUCCUUCUAGCCUCCGUUGCUAUCCCUCCUAACCAAAUAAAGCAUGAAUGCUUGUGAGUCCGUCUUAUCCAACUGGGUAGCCUCAACUAUUCAUGCAGCAGACCCGGCAAGUGCCGGUGGCUUUACCUGGACGGAUAGUAGCUGUGUUCUUGAUCCAAAUGGAACUAGUAUCGGUAGUGAUUCGGAUGCAAGGAAAAAAGGGCUGCUCGAUAGAGAGCUUUUUGCCGUAUGCUGUUAAUGCGAGUGAGGCUGCGCAUGUGCAGGUUGCGCUGCGGGUUGCGAAGAAGUAUAACAUUCGGUUCAAUGUUAAGAAUACGGGCCAUAAACCGGAAAAGUGUAUUGCCCGUGGGAGUUUAUCCUUCUGGACACACAACUUAAAUAAAGUUCCGUGGAAACCACCAAAGUCAUGCGGCUGCAAUAAGUCCCGUAUGGUGGCAACCAUUGGUACCGGCGUACAGGAUGGCAAACUAUUCAAAGUAAUGGCUGAUAAUAAGGCCAUCACAGCUGGAGAAACAAAUAUAGUAAGCCAGAAUGUCGUAUUCAUCGGCUGGGCCACAGGCGGCAGACACGGAUUGAUGACCAGACAGUAUGGACAAAGCGCCGAAAGCAUCCUGGAAGUCGUCACUUUCACACCAAUAAGCGAGGUCCUAACUACUAAUAAAUCCCAGAACGAAGAUAUCUUUUGAGCAAUCUGCGGAGGCGGCGGAGGCACAUUUGGUGUGAGCCUCAAUGCCACGGUCAAGGUGUACCCCAUUCCGUCAAUAGAAUUGACUAGAUAUAAUAUCGCAACUAAGGACAGCACGCCCAUCAAAAGCUGGUGGAGAUUUGUCGCUCGUGUUCAUCAAGUGUUACCUAAAUUGCGUGACUCGAGACUCUUGAGAGGAUUGACCCAAAAGCUUCGCACUGGCUGUA